AUGCUCGUUCGUGGCGCCUUCACGCUAGGGAAGGCGGAAAACGCCUGCCAGUGGUACUACCGAAUUGGCUUCUUUGGCCUGCCUUGGCUGUGGGCCGUUCUCUGGCUGUUCUUCCGCCACUACGAGGACGAGAGCGAAUUGAUUCGCUGGUAUGUGGAGCGGGCGAGGCGUUACAGCAUAUUAGGUGGGGCGGUGUUCGUGAUCGUGUCCGUUGCCUUUCUCUUUGUCAUCCCACCGACGAGCCCGAUCUGGGUGAUUGCGCCCUUCCAGGACACCUUCCAGUGGGGAUACUUCGCAGUGAACGCGUCAGAGGUGGCAGGCGCGCAGAACACCAGCUCCAGUGGCUAA